AUGGCUACAACCGCAGCGUCAACCUAUCCCGCGCCUCUGCCCGUCGCGGGCGAGUUCGACAGAUAUUACGCGGGCAGCGCCGACCCGCUGCUGUUGCCCUCGUUGUCCCUCCCGCCCCGCAACGCGAUGUCCUGGGAUCCGUACCUCCCCUCCGCUUGGGCAUCGUCUUCCGCGUCUUCCUCGUCCUCGCGGCCUCAUCAGCAGCCCCAUCCGCAGAGCUACUGGGCGGCGUCCGAUAACAGCUUCAGCUCGAACGCGGCCGAUCCGACGUUGUACGGGCACGCGCCAUACGGACACUACCCCGCUCGCGCGGAAACCACCACCGCCGCUACCACCGCUACCACCACCACCCCCCACGUAGCUCAACAUCGGCAACAACACCUCCCGUCCGCCUCUUCCUCUGCUUUGCCGGCGCUGCGCCAACAUCAUCAGCACCACCCCCACCACGACUCGGUGCACCAGCACCAGCACCAGCACCAGCAGCACCAGCACCACCACCCUCGCCCAACAGAACCCGCGCGACUGCACACCCCCGCGCCGUCCGCCGCAUCCGCGUCUCCACCGGCCCCCGCCCGCAUCAAACGCGAGCCGGAAGCGGACGAAUCCUUCGUCUUCGAGCACCCUUCCGCGUCCUUCGCCGGAUCCCAGCCGCAGCACCCGUUCUCGACCGGAUUAUCCCCGAGCCCGGCCUUGGGCGGCGACGCGUACGGCGGCGGCCAGGGCCAGAUGAGCAACGUCGUCCCGAGCGAGGUACCCCUGCGCGCGACCCAGGCGAGCGCGGCGCAACGCAGGAUGAUGGGCGUCUUCCGGUUAAACCCGUUCGCGAUGCACGACGGCGUGCACUCCGCCUCCCGUCUCCCAGGCCUCGCGCGCCGCUCCUCCGCCUCCCCCCCCUCUUCGCCCUCGUCCGCGACGACGACGACGACGGGCCCGGGCCACACCAUCUGGGGCGAGGCCCGCCCGCUCGAGCACGAGCCGGUCGAGAUCGAGUGGCAGGCGGCGCUCGACCCGCCGGACGUGCUCGUGCCCGAACACGAGCGCGACCGGGGGAUGCACGCACGCGACAGGGAGGGGGCAGGGGCGGGGGAGGGGGAGGGGGAGAGGGAGAGGGAGAGGGAGAGAGUGGAGAUGUGGGAGGAGGACCAGGCGGGGUUGAUCCGGAUGCCGCAGGAUGUCGAGGACGAGUACCAAAAUCACCACCAACACCAACACCAACACCACCACCACCACGCACGUUCGGAUUCGGGAUCGGGAUCGGGGUGGGCGUGGGACGACGUGCCUGGUCAGCAGCAGCAGCAGCAGCGCCGGAGAAGCUCGCCGUGGGGGAUCGCGUUCGGGCGUUAG